AUGCCGGCUAAGGUCCACGACGACGCCUUUGACAGCGCCGCUGACGGCGCUGCUGGUGGCGCUGCCGACGCAAACAUCAACUACGACGACGCCAUCGCCUACUGGCUGCUGGUGCCAGCGCUGGUCAACGGCGUCUUGGGAGGUUUUGGCGAGCAGACCAGUGUCCCCAAAGCCGAUAUCGUGGGGCUGCUGACGUUUCUCCGCAAGCUCCAGACGCGGAUGGAGUGUCCCCCGGGCUACCAGCGCCUCACCAUCGAUAUGGGCGCCGGCAUCGGGCGCAUUACUCGCGAUUUGUUAUGGAAAGUGAGCGACCGCUGCGAUCUCUUAGAGCCCGUGGUGCCGUUUGUCAAACAGAUGGAGGCCGAGUUGGCGCCGGUAGCGCAGCGGGGGAAACUCGGCGACAUCUACCCGAUUGGCAUGCAACAGUGGCAGUGUCCCCCUGAAAAGGAAGGUCAAUACUGGUUGGUGUGGUGCCAGUGGUGCGUGGGGCAGUUGCCCGACGACGAGCUCGUGGCGUUCUGGCAGCGCUGCCGCGCCGCCCUCAUGCCCAACGGGACGAUGAUCGUCAAGGAAAACAUCGCCCCCGUCGACGACGUGUUCGACACUACUGACUCGCUGGUUACGCGUACGGACGCUAAGUUCCGCCAGCUUUUCAUCGAGGCCGGUUUCAAGUUGAUCGCCUCCGACGUGCAAAAGGGGUUGCCCCGUGAGUUGUACCCCGUGCGGAUGUACUGCCUCAAAGCAGCGCAAUAA